UUUACACAAACAAAACUGGAUUGGUGUAACAAUGCCUCAACAAAAGAUUCCGCCAGAGGUGAAUGUGAUCUCGAGGACAGAGUGGGGGGCUCUUCCCCCCCGGGGGGAUGUUGAGCCUGUCACACACCCCCUGGAGAAAGUAUUCAUCACUAUGGAUACAGCAAGUCACCCGUGCUACGACAAAGAGACCUGCCUCGGCAUCGUGGCCGAUCUACAGAAAAGACACAUGACAAACGACGGAGCGCCAGACAUAAGAUACAAUUUUCUAGUUGGAGGUGACGGGAACGUUUACGAAGGCAGGGGUUGGCACCAGAAACCUCAAUUGGCCAAAGAGGAGAAAUACUUCGAGGAUAAGAGCCUUGACAUUGCCUACAUCGGCACUUAUGAAGUUCACGACCUUCAGAUGUACGGAAGGCUUUGUGAUUUUCUAUUAUAUGGCGCUGAAAAAAGGGAAUUAAAAGUGGGCUAUUUUGAUACGUUAGACAAGUUUGACUUGAAAGCAUUAAAAGAAGAAGGAAAAGUCGACAAGGAAAAGUCAAAUGAUGUAGACGACAAAGUAAAAUCGUUUAGUUAAACACAGAAAAUAGGUUAUUAAUUGAAAAGUGUCUUUUGUACAAAUAAAAUAGUCGUUGAGCUACGAGCUUGAACAAGGUAUCAAAGAGAAGAAGAGGAGGGUCAAAGUGUGUAAUUAAAGGGUUUAA